GCACUGACCACUACCUCUUGUUGUCAUUGUGGUAAACCGCUGCAAAUAACACUCACACACAACUAUACACCUCUGUCUUUCUACUUCGCUCUCUCUCUCACUUGCACACACUCACACAGAGGAAGUGUGUGAAACUUGUGAACUCAUUUGUCAAACCAUUUCCGUAUGAACUCAUAUACACUGGAGAAACCAAAGAGCAAACCGUUGCCUUGUUACUAACUGGAUCUGAUGCAGGCAGUGAGUGCAGAUUCAAGGGGAGCGCCAGAACCCACUCCAGAAAAUCUUGGCAUUGCAGAAGUCCCCUAAACAUUUGGGUUCUUAAGAAGCUGCCAAAAUAUGACAGAGAACAUAAUCCAGUCCUUUAUAAGCCAAAUGGAAAUGGUAGAAGCUAAAGUGGCCGGUUCUAAUCAAGCCCAGAAGACGUUUGCUGAAGGGUUAGCAUCAGCAGUGAUUGAGGUCGCUCUGAGGGAGGUGUGCAGAGGCCGUAAUGUUGAGGGUUUCCAGAGUUCAAGAUUAACUGGGGCAAAGAUGGAUGAUGGACAGGCUGAAAAUCAGUCUUUCUUGAAUGCAUAUGGGAAAGAAAGAGACAUUUUGAACAUGGGCACAGAGACGGAUCCAGAACUGCAGCCCUCCAACGACACCCAGCCUGACCAUCCGCCUCUGUCCCAGUCAGGGCUCCCCAUCGUGGGAUCCCUCGACUACCCCGAUGCCCCACCAACAACCCCUCUCCUCCCUGAGCUUGAGAGGAGCAGACACAGUUUUGCCCGAAAGCUGAAAGGAGGCUUGGCAAACGUUUUCCUGCCCUCACCUCCCCCACCUACCCCAAAGGAAAAUGAUGAUGAGCCAGACUGUGUUAUCAAGGAUGCCCAGGUGGAGUUAAUGGAGCAUCUGAUGCAAUCUCUAUCCACAGAUGAUGUGGCAAGAAACUAUUUUGAAGUCAGUCCUCAGCUUGAAGCCAAGAUAGAGGAUUUCGCAGAGGUUCUUUCAUGUAACAUCAUAGAGUGGGUCCUGAGCACCAAAGGCAAAGAACAGAUAGCAGACGAUAGUGAUCUUCAUCUAUUAGCCCAGCAGCUGGCUCAAAGCAUCAUCACCUCCUCCCUUGAUGAAGCUAAAUUGCUUGUCUAGCCUUUUGAUCAUAUUUGUAAUAAUUCAUGCACACACACAAGAGAGAGAACAAAGUAUUAAUAUCCACAGAUGUUACUUUACCGUACCACUGCCUGACACUUUUAUUGAAGUGUGGUUUACUGCAAUAAUAUUGUUCCAUAAUCUGAAGCUGAUUUUUUUAAAUGUAUUUUCUUUUUGCCAAUAAAGCUCAGUAUUAAUUCAUCCAGAUGAGGUCAAUCCUGAAAUAUUACCUGUUUAUUGCAAAAAAUGGUUGAUAUGUAGUUAAACUGUGGGACUUUUUAUGACGUGCAUAUCCUGAAAGCUGUACAUUUUAGAUGCUGAAUUACAAACCUAAUUUAAUGGAUUUAUUCCAAAAUAAAUAUAAAGUGCAUAGGCAGUAAAACAUUCAUGGUUGUGAAUGCAAUUUUGAGUGAGUUCCAACAGCAAUGACCACAUAUGUCCUUUAGAUGGCAGCACAGGAGCAAUAUUAACCUAUUCAGGUACCUGAACAACUGGGGUUUAUUCAGUUUUCCAUUUAUACAUAAAUAUACAUGUCAGAUUGUGAGAGCUUUGUAUGCCUGUGAGUAUUCUCAAUAACUUUUUAAAAGUAAUCCUUCUAAAUGCACCUACAAUAAAGACUUUAUGGAUAGUGACUGCACUUUUAUUUUCAUUAUGUAUUGAAACAGCACACAGUGAACCAUCACCAUCAAGAUAUUACUUUUUAAAAAACUAUAGCAAAAGACAAAAUUGUAUUCUAGAUGCCUGAUGAAUUUGUAUCCCAAUGCAAAUAAAUAAUGCACCACACCAUCGUAUUGUAUAUUCAAGCGUGACAUUUGGUAGUUAUUCAGUUUGUUCCUGUCGGCCUAAUACUCUGCAGAUUGAUUCAGUGCUCCCUUGGACUGAGUUGAAUGUUGAUAGGUUGGAUGAAUUUGUGUUCUGGCUCAAAGAAAACUCACUUUCAUUCUCACUUACUCACUGAGGUUAGUGAUGUGCUCCUGCAGAGCAAGAAAUCAUCAACUACUUUAUCACAGCAGAGAAUUGCAAACUGACUGAAAGAAAAGCUUUUCCAAGCCUUUAAACAGCAGUUUGGAAUAAAGGCUUUCAUUGUUCCCUAUAGUCAUCAGUCACUUAUCAAAGAUGUCUACUCAAGUUAAAAAAAAAAAGGUUAACGAUCAAGUGCACAAGCCUUAUGUUAGCGCUUUUAUAUGUGCAUAAGCAUGCACAGAGCUGCCAAUAAUCAAAGCUCUCUAUCUCUCUCUUCACUUGGUCUUAUCUGACUGCAGCUCAGGGCUGUGCCAGGA